UUUCCUCGGCUACCAUCGGUUGCAGGACCGCGCGUGGCGUCCUAGUUUUGCAGCUAUGGGGGCUGCUGCAGGUUUGAAGGCAGACUGCGAGGCGCUGCUCAGCCGCUUCCAGGAGAUGGACAGCGUACGCUUCGAGGACUUCACCGACCUCUGGAGGAGUAUGAAGUUCGGGACCAUCUUCUGUGGUAGAAUGAGAAAUUUAGAAAAGAACGCGUUUACAAAGGAAGCUUUGGCUUUGGCUUGGAGAUAUUUUUUACCUCCAUACACCUUCCAAAUCAGAGUUUGUGCUUUGUAUCUGCUGUAUGGAUUAUAUAACACCCAACUGUGUCAACCAAAACAAAAGAUUAGAGUUGCCGUGAAGGAUUGGGAUGAAAUUUUAAAAUUUCAGCAAGAUUUGAUAAAUGCACAACAUUUUGAUGCAGCUUAUAUUUUUAGGAAGCUACGACUAGACAGAGCAUUUCACUUUACAGCAAUGCCUACAUUGCUGUCAUACAGAAUGAAGAAAAAAAUUCAACGACCUGAAGUUACUGAAGACUUUAAGGACCCAAGUGAUCAUGUAAUGAAACUUAUCACUUCUGAUGUACUAGAGGAAAUGCUGAAUGUUCAUGACCAUUAUCAGAGAAUGAAACAUAUAAUUUCAGCUGAUAGAUCCAAUCCAGACAAAGCCCUCAGCUUGAUAAAGGAUGAUUUUUUUGACAAUAUCAAGAACAUAGUUUUGGAGCAUCAGCAAUGGCACAAAGACAGAAAGAAUCUAUCCUUAAAAUUGAAAGCUAAAGAUGGAGAAGAAAAGAGUGAAGGAAAUUCACAACAGUCAGAGAGAAGUGAAAGGGCAGAAUCAUUAGCGAAAAUAAAAUCAAGGGCCUUUUCAGUUUUUGUUGAGGCAUCCAAGUCAAGAAGGCAUCGUCAGGUCAAACUUGAUUCUUCUGACUCUGAUUCUGCAUCUAGUCAAGGACAAACCAAAGCAACUAGGAAAAGAAUAAACAAAGAGACAUUGAAACCAGCAGGAGGGAAGAUGUCUUCCAGAAACAGAGGUGACAUGCAAAAUGUACAUACGGAAGAUAAAUCUUUAAGUCUGAGUAUGCCUGUAAUUACAGAAGAGGAAGAGGAGAAUGAAAGUUUUAGUGAAACAGAGUUCACUGCACCCAAGAGGAGAAGAAAACACAGAACAAAGAGCCUGGUGUAGAGUACUUAAUUUUGAGCUUUCUGACAGAAGAAAAGAUGUAUAUUUUGUGUAUUGAACAGGAAGACUGCCAGUAUUAAAAAUAAUUCUGGGAAGCUGUAGGUAUUUCUUUGAAAUGUCAAUACUUUAAUAUAGUUCUAGAAUAAAAGUACAAAAAAAUUAGAGUAUUACUCUAAAAUUUAAUUUUAACAUCUUUUGUGAAAUAUGCAUAAAUGAUAAAAUUUGGAUUUAGAAUGUAAUAGAAAUAAUUCUGUUAUUUGCAGAUUAUUGCUAUUUCCUACAACUUUUUUGUGCUAUUAUACUCUCUUAGUACAGUUCUGGAAGUGUUAGCUAUUCUAUUUAAAAUCUUUUUUCUUGAAAUAUUAAUGUUUAUUA